AUGACUAUCCAAAUAAUACUUCCUUUUCUUGUACUACAAUUUUUGUACUUCCAUGAGUUGCAUGCUCAGAUACCUUCCAACAUAAGCUUGGGUACAGGCAUCAGAGCUGGAUCCGGUGAUUCCUGGAGAUCACUCUCUGAUGAUUUUGCUUUCGGUUUCUACUCUAUACCCAACAAUCUUUACCUCGUCGGAAUUUGGUUCAACAAGAUCCCUGAAAGAACACUAGUCUGGUCAGCAAACCGUGACUCUCCUGCAGGUGCUGGAUCCACAGUCAGACUCACGUUUGAUGGCCAGCUUAUACUCACACAUCUUAAUGGUAGUGUUCAAUUAAUAUACAGCGGACAAAGUGCAGGUUUAGGCUUCAUGCAAAAUGAUGGCAACUUUGUCUUGAAAGAUGACGGUUCAAGAGUCCUUUGGCAGAGUUUUGGUUCACCAACAGACACACUCUUACCAGGUCAAGCUCUUAGUGGUGGCCAAAAGCUCUAUUCCAAUGCGAAUGGAACUGUUGAUUACUCAACUGGAAAUUUCAUGUUGGAAAUGCAAUCUAAUGAUGGAAAUCUGGUGCUCUCUGCCUAUCACUUCUCCGAUCCUGGUUAUUGGUACACUGGAGCUCUAGGAAACAAUUUUAGUUUGGUGUUUAAUAAUCGUAGUGCUUUCAUCUACGUUGCCAACAGCACUGGUGAUAAUAUCUACUCUUUAACAAGAAAUGUCCCUGCCCCAGUUGGAGACUACUAUCACCGAGCAACUAUAGAUGAUAAUGGAAAUUUCCAACAAUUUUCUUACCGUAAAUCAAACAGUAGUGGAUGGGAAAGAGUGUGGAGGGCUAUAGACGAGCCUUGCUUGGUGAAUGCUAGAUGUGGUGUCUAUGGCAUGUGUAUUUCUCCGAAUAACGAAACAGCAACCUGUAAUUGCAUACCAGGUUACAUUCCGUUGGACCCUAAUCAUGUGUCCAAAGGGUGUCGCCCUGAGACCGUGGUGAACUAUUGUGCAGACCCUUCCAUGAGAAAUUUCACAAUUGAGGUGAUUAAUGAUGCAGACUUCCCAUUUGAGAGCUUCGCGGAUUUGGCUCGAGUAAAGAAUGUUGAUACGGAGGGUUGCAAAAAAGCUCUAAUGGAUGAUUGUUACAGCUCGGCUGCUUCCUUGGUGGAUUCCAGAUGUAUUAAGAAAAGGAUGCCUUUAAUAAAUGCGAGAAAGAGCUCUUCUACCAAAGGAAUCCAAGCGCUGGUGAAGGUGCCGAUGAAGAUACAAAAUCCUGGCAUUCCAGAACAUAAAAAGAAGAAAGAUUUUGACACUCGGGUUUUUCUAAAGAUUAGCCUUAUAGUUGCUGCCACACUUGCUUUCACUUCUGGAGUUUCUGCUAUCUAUUAUCAUCCUGGUGCUCGAAGAUUUAUCAAAAGGAAGGGCUCUUCAAAUGCUAAUUCCAUUGGCAUAAACUUCCAGCAGUUCACAUACCUGGAACUACAUAAGGCAACAAAUGGAUUCAGUAAGACCCUGGGUAGAGGAUCUUCUGCUAAAGUUUACAGUGGGAUUCUAAGCUUGAAGGACGUACAGAUUGAUAUUGCUGUAAAGGUGCUGGAGAAAUCGAUUGAAAAAGGUGAGAAGGAAUUCAUGACAGAGCUCAAAAUAAUAGGCCGCACAUACCACAAGAAUUUGGUAAGACUGUUGGGCUUUUGUGUUGAGAACAGCCAACAGCUUCUGGUCUAUGAGUUAAUGGAAAAUGGCUCGCUUGCCAACCUUCUACUUGGGGAGGGAUCAGAAAGACCUAACUGGGUUCUGAGGGCGGAAAUGGCGCUUGAAAUAGCUAGGGGAUUGCUCUACUUGCAUGAGGAAUGCGAGACACAGACAAUCCAUUGCGACAUCAAGCCUGAGAAUGUACUUAUUGAUAAAAAUUACACUGCUAAGCUUGCAGAUUUUGGCCUUUCCAAGCUUCUUAAUAAAGAUCAAACCAGAACAGACACAGAUUUGAGAGGCACAGUGGGGUAUCUGGCACCCGAAUGGCUAAGGAAUGGACCUGUGACAUCCAAAGUAGAUGUUUACAGCUUUGGUGUGAUGUUGCUUGAAAUUCUAUGUUGCAGAAGGCAUAUAGAACCAAGCCGGGUUGAGGAAGAGAGUGAAGAGGAUGACCUUGUUCUCUCGGACUGGGUUAUAAGUUGUACGAUCGCUGGGAAGCUAGAGACAGUGGUAGCACAUGAUCCUGAAGUAUUAAGCGACUUCAAGAGAUUCGAGAGAAUGAGCUUGGUGGGAUUAUGGUGCAUUCAUCCUGAUGCAAUGCUCAGACCUUCAAUGAAAAAGGUAACACAAAUGUUAGAGGGAACUUUGGAAAUCGGAACCCCACCAUUGCUUUACGAUCGGAUGUCAACUAGUAAUUAA